AUGGCAGCCGAGAAGACAACCGCAUCGCAAGUUGCCACACAAAGCGACUCGAACAAAAUGGCGUCGAGCCUUAGACCCUGGGUUCAAGUCGUAGCUGGCCUGUUUCUGAUGUUCAAUUCUUGGGGCCUGAUUAAUGCUUUCGGAGUCUUCCAGGAAUAUUACAGCUCGUUCAAUCCGGCACUCUCAACACCAUCUUCCAUAUCGUGGAUUGGAUCUCUCCAGACGUUUCUACUAUUGGCAUGUGGAUCUGCGACCGGCUCCUUCGUAGAUAGAGGAUACGCCCAGGUCAUGUCCUUCAUCGGCUGCGCGCUUGUCACUCUUGGCUUGCUAUUCACGUCUUUCAGCGGGGAGUUUUCCACUGCGCAUCGUCCCGUGUACUACCAAGUACUACUUUCGCAAGGUAUUCUAUCAGGCCUAGGCAUGAGUCUGCUCCUAGUACCCUCUACGGCCAUCGUACCCACGUACUUUACGCAAAACCGCGCUCUUGCUGUCGGCCUUGCGAACAGCGGAGCUUCGCUUGGUGGGAUCAUCUAUCCAAUUCUUACGCGCCGUCUACUUGCUAGUGUAGGGUUCAGCUGGGCUAUCCGAGCGACGGCUCUAGUUGUACUGAUCACGACUGGCGUCGGAGGUCUGCUUGUACGUCAGCGCUCUGCUUUGACGAAGAACCCCGCCAAGCGGACGCUCUACGAAUUCAGCUGUUUGAAGGAUCCCGCAUAUGCCCUUUUCAUUGCAGGCAUCUUCUUCUCGUUUGCCGGCAUUUACAUCCCGUACUUCUACAUCAGCGCUUGGGUGCGCGACACUGCAUUCCCGGUGCAAGGUCUGAGCACAUACUACCUGAUCAGCAUCAUGAACGCUGGUGGAUUGGUUGGUCGAAUUGUGCCAAACUUUGUCGCCGAUAAGUUUGUCGCCGGACCAGUACUUACUCAAGCGCUCGCAGCGAUCGCGUGCGGUGCGCUGGCAGCAGGUUGGACACGCAUCAAAACAUCUCUCGCCGGCCUGAUUGUCUGGGUUGUUGCGUACGGGUUCGUCAGUGGGAGCGUCAUCAGCCUCAUCCCAGCCAGUGCGGCAACGCUGACUCCAGACAUGAGCAGACUAGGAGGCAGGAUUGGAGUGCUCUUCGCUGGAAAUGCAAUCGCGAGCUUGAUCGGCAAUCCAGUCGCUGGUGCCAUCCAACGAGACACUGGGCCUGGAUGGAGCGGCCUUGCUAGUUACUGUGCUGUGUUCACUAUUGUAGGUGGACUGUUGCUGGUCGUGUGUUGGACGUUGGACGUCCGUCGCAGGAAAAGCGCGGCACGGGCCGAUGGCUUAGAGUAG